AUGAUGCAUAUGCCACCGAUCGCUGUCGGGUUUGAUGAAACGACAGUGAAGAAGAGCGCACACAAGUGGCCUCCUGCUUCGUCUCGCCGUAAACGGUUUUCAUGCACCGAUCACUCCGCAUGGAUGGCGGAUCCUGUCGCCAAGAUUCGUAGUGAACAAAACUGUUUUGCAACGCAGAAAAACGGUCGUGCACAAGUAUGCUUUGGUAAGAAACAGUGGCAAUCCAAACCAGCCAACCACGUCACGCAAUUUCAGCGUCAAGGAGUUCAAGGAGAACAACCGCUUCAUCCUAGCGUCCAUGAAAACGACCUACUCCUUCAUCAGCCUCACCCUCGUUCUCCAUCUAAAUUAUUAUCGCCAGUCACCUCGAUGCAUUCUUCCAUGAUGUCGCUCUCACACGACCCUUUGAUCGUUCGAUCAAAAUCGCCUUUUGAUGCUUCCAAUAACGAACCCUGCAAGUGGUCCAACAGUCAUCAUGUCUCAUCCACACUCCCGGCUUCGCCUUCUCCAGGAGCUCACAAGUCCUUUUCUUCUUCAACGGAUGGACCCGAUGCACCAAUUUCUACCUAUAACAGUCGCUCGAAGCGCCGUUCCUUUGAAUCGACCCAUAAACACCACCACCAAAAAUCACAUACUCAAAUUCGGAGGUUCUCCUAUCCAGAAUCUCAGCCAUUUCAAUAUCCGUUGCAGACGCCCUAUUAUCCUGUCCAGCCAACACUGUACUCAAAUCCGGUUCCACUUCAGUAUUAUACCUAUCAUCCUACUUCCGUGUACCCACCACCACCACCACCGCCGCCGCCACACGAAGUGAAACACCAUAAACCCGUCAAGAAAGUAGAAACAAAAGACUUGCCCCACCCUCGACGGGCAAACCAUUCUUAUGGGUUACCGGAAAUGAGUCGACGUUACAGCAACGGCAGUACCACCAGCAGUCGAAGUACAGCAGCGUCGAGUACCAGCAGUUUCCAAGUCAUCCUAGAUGCCAAACCUGAAAGCCCAUCUCCCAACGCAUCGUCCACCGUCACGGGUUCCGACAGCGCAGCACAGACAGAAAACGCACAGACACCGGUACCAGAAGCGGUGCUUUCAGCAUCCAUGGAAAAUGAGGAGGAGGAGGAAAAUCAUGAUACCACGGUUCCCUUAUCGACGGCCCCAUCCAACAGUCCAACCACCGGCAUCGCCACAAGCACCGUAUUCAGUGACAAGGCAGCGGAACCCGCGGGUCACGACCCAGGUCAUGCUCGUGACACAAGUACCACGAUGCACCCGUCCGUGUCUCCAAAUGAGGAAACCACCGCUCAGUCAAACCCGGAUCCGCUGCCAAGCGAUACGGAGAACCUUGACCUGCCGGUGUGGGCGGAUCCCGUACGAGUUCGUGAAAACCCCACCCGUUACAGCUAUGUCAAACAGUACAUGAAAGAGAAUGCGCUCCCCAACACUUCAUCACUCGAAUUACCGUUCUCGGUGAAAUUCUGCUUUAGUGAUACUUCGUCCACAAAACAGAAACCCGUCCACUAUUCAUCCACAAUCCAACAUGUAUUUGACUGCACCACCGUGUGGCAAUUCUCGGCUCGUUGGCGACUAUUUAAGCAACUGCGCGCCAAACCUUCCCAGUUGUUGCCUAACCAAAACGUGUAUUGUUUCGAGUCGGACGUGGAACCGAUGUGGGAAGAUCCCGUCAACCAGCAUGGUGGAAGACUCACGCUAUGUCCCCCGAAAGCAUCGUUGGAUAGUCUAUUUGAGUGGAUCUUGUGUACCUUUGUUGGAGGCAACCUCAUGGAUCACGGUGUCCGUGGGCUUGUCUUAUCGCGUCGUAACCGAGGUGACCGGAUUGAACUGUGGACCGAUGGACAGGGAGCUCAGCACGCCAUGACAACAUUAAAGGAAAAACUGUAUCAGUUGAUUCCCCAGCAUCAACACGCUAUUAUCGAAACGGCUCGUUUCAAGAAACACUUUGAUAAAUGA